GCAAGCAGGGAUGCUUGCCGGCAUUCGGACCUGGUGGGUCUCCCUCAGCAACGACCGCACCACCCGGCUGUGGAGUUUGGCUUAAAUAGGGCCUCACCUGGAUGCUUCUCAGGGACGUUUUGUUUUCUUCUUUUUCCCUAGCGUGAGCGCCUAUAAAACGUGAGCUCUUUGUGGGGAGAGGGCAAGGAAUGAGACGAAGGCUGAACGGAAGAUCUAAGUAAGAGACCUUUCCCUCCCUCAGGACAUGUUCCAGAAGAGAGUGGAAAGAGAAUGGGAUGGGACCCAGUUCCCAAAUGAGAUUGCUCCAACUGAAGAGGGCCACCAGCUGCUCCAUCUGCACAGAAGGGCAAAUCCUUGUCCACUCCUCUCACUAGCAGGAGGAUCAGUGUUUUUCUCCUGAGAUAAUAUAUAUCAGCAGUAGAAAAGCUUCCUGAAAGAAGAAAUUGUGCAAAAGAAAUUUGAAAGUAGCAGAGAGAACUGAGAGUGGACACAGUGGACAGCAUGGGAAUUUUACUUCAUUCAUUCAUUUAACAAAUUCCUGGGGCACAACUUUGUCGAAUACCUACCCCUGCCAGGUAUUGUCUUGGGCAACAGAACACAGCAGUGAAGAAAACAGAUUCUCCCAUCCACAUACAGCCACGGCUGAUGAUGUCUUCCAGUUUCAGUGUGUUUAGAGCUGGCAUCUCUUUUGUCAUGAUGUGCAUUUUUUAUACAUCAGCAGUAGACUCUCCAGAGCUGAGUCCUCAGAAAUUCUUCAGGACAUUGCAACCAGGAAAAGCCACCUUAGUUUAUUUUUGUCAAGCUGAGUCUCUAAGAACUUCUAUGUUUCUUGAAGAACUGAAUGAGGCUGCUAAACCUCUCCAGGACUAUGGAAUUUCAGUAGCAAAGGUUAAUUGUGUCACAGAAGAAACAUCCAGAUACUGUGGAAGUGAAAAGGAUUUGAUGAAAGCAUAUUUAUUCAGGGGCAACAUAGCGCUGAGAGAAUUCCCAACGGAUACCUUGUUUGACGUGGAUGCUAUCGUUGCUCAUGUUCUCUUUGCUCUUCUUUUUAAUGAAGUAAAAUAUAUUACCACCCUGGGAGACCUUCAGAACAUAGAAAACACUCUAAAAGGAAAAGGAAACAUUGCAUUCGCGUAUGUCAGAGCCAUUGGAACACCAGAGCACAGAGCCGUCAUGGAAGCCGCUUUUGUGUAUGGGACCACACACCAAUUUGUCUUAACCACGGAAAUUGCCCUUUUGGAGAGUAUUGGCCCUGAGGAUAUAGAGUAUCCACAUCUCUACUUUUUUCACUGUAAACCAGUCUUGGACUUGACCCAGCCAUGUAGGAGAAUACUAAUGAAGCAGUCACUGACUACACUGAACAUUCAUCAAUUUAUUAAGACAAUGGAAGCACCUCUGCUGACUGAAGUUACUGGAGAUCCUAGACAAGUUUCAACUGUUCAUGUACAACUAGGAUUACCACUGGUUUUUAUUGUUGGUCAACAAGCUACUUAUGAAGCUGAUAGAACAACUGCAGAAUGGGUUGCUUGGCGUCUUCUGGGAAAAGCUGGAGUUCUACUUUUGUUAAGGGACUCUUUGGAAGUGGACAUUCCUGAGGAUACUAAUGUUAUCGUCAGAAGAGCAGAAGAGGAAGCGCAAAUGGAAUUUUUGGCAUUAAGUCAUAUUGAUUUAAUAGUAUUCCAUGUGGAAAGUACCAUGUACAUUGAGGAAAUGAGCAAAUAUGAAGACAUGGAAGAUCUAAAUAUAGGAAUUCAAGAUGAUGAAGUGGAAGAAACUGUUUACAGAGACAGGAAGAGACAGUUACCUUUGGAACUCACUGUGGAAUUAACAGAAGAGACAUUUCAUGCGACAGUAACGGCUUCUGACAGCAUAGUGCUUUUCUAUGCUGGCUGGCAAGCAGUAUCCAUGGCAUUUUUGCAGUCCUAUAUCGACGUGGCAAUUAAACUGAAAGGCACAUCCACCAUGCUGCUUGCUAGAGUAAACUGUGCAGAUUGGUCUCAUGUGUGUACCAAGCAAAAUGUUACCGAAUUUCCUGUUGUAAAGAUGUACAAGGAAGGCCAGAACCCGGUAUCUUACACUGGUAUGCUGGGAACUGAAGAGCUCUUAAAAUUUAUUCAACUCAACAGGAUUUCAUGCCCAGUGAACAUUACGUCUGUCCAAGAAGCAGAAGAAUAUUUAAAUGGGGAAUUAUAUAAAGACCUAAUCUCCUAUUCUAGCUUGUCAGUACUGGGACUGUUUAGUCCAACCAUGACAAGAGCGAAAGAAGAGUUCACUGAAGCAGGAAGCUACCUAAAAGGAUAUGUUACCACAGGAAUUUAUUCUGAAGAAGAUGUUUUGAGACUAUCAAGUAAAUAUACCGUAACUCUUCCAGCCCUGCUGCUUGCCAGACACAAAGAAGGCAAAAUAGAGAGCAUUCCAUUAGUUAACGUCCGUGUGCAAGACAUAGUUCAAAUAAUAACAAAUGCAUCACUGGAAACAUUUCCAGAGAUCACUGUGGAAAAUCUUCCCAUUUACUUAAGACUUCAGAAACCAUUACUUAUUUUAUUCAGUGAUGGUGGCAUAGAUCUUCAGCAUGAAAAAACAAUACUAAUGCUGGCUAAAAAGAAAUACUUGGAUUCACUUACCCCUUGUUGGUUAAAUCUGAAGAAGACGCCAGUGGGGAGAGGAGUCUUGCAGGCUUAUUUUGGUACCCUGCCCCCGCUUCCUCUUCUUGUUGUGGUGAAUCUGCAUUCAGGUGGCCACGUGUUUGCAUUUCCUUCAGACCAGGCUAUCACUGAACAGAACCUUUUAUUGUGGCUGAAGAAAUUAGAAGCAGGACUAGAAAGUCAUAUCAAAGUUUUACCUGCUCAGGAAUGGAAACCUCCUCUGCCUGCUUAUGAUUUUCUAAGUAUGAUGGAUGCGGCAGCAUCUGAGCAUCUUACUAGGAAAGAUCCCGAGUGUAUAAAAGAAACUGACGUGCAGGAAAGUGAUAAAGAACAGCCUGACGAUAAAUCCGCAAUCACAGAGGAAUCGACUGAAACAUUGAAAAUGAAGCAUUCAAGCAGAAGUAGUUGGUUUGAAGAAGCCAAAAAACUGCUCAGGCGUGAUAAUAAAGAAUUAUGAUACUCAAAAGAGAGCUAAUUUUAUAGGGCUGUGAAAAGCUUCCCAAAGUCUUUUUGGCUUAUUUGAUAGACUUGAGAAUUUAUUUCACUAUAAAGUAAUACUGAGUCGUUUCAAGUUUCUAGAUCAGGGCUAUUCAGUGGAAAUAUAAUGUGCAAUAUAGUAAUUUAGAAUUUUCUAUAGCCACAUUAAAAUAAAACUGAGCAGGUGAAAUUAAUUUUAUUUCACCCAGUUUAAGUAUACCACCCAAAAAUAGUUCAGUUAACAUAAAAAUUGUGAGUUAUUUUACAUUCUUUUUUUGUAUCAAGUCUUCAAAAUCCAGUGCGUAUUUUAUGCUUACUACACAUCUCACUUCAGAGUAGCUACGUUUCAAGUGCUCAGUAGCCACAUAUGGCUGGUGACACAGGUGAAGCCAUACGUAUUCAUGUAUCCCUUCUCCCCCAAACUCCCCUCCCAUCCAUUCUGCCAUGCAACAUUGAGCAGAGUUCCCUGUGCUAUAGUUGGUCUUUCUUGGUUAUUUAUUUUAAAUAUAGCAGUGUGUCCAUGUCCAUCCCAAACUCCCUAACAACCGUAAGUUCAUUCUCUAAGUCUGUGAGUCUCUUUCUAUAAAACCAGUGUUUCUUAAUCAGGGGAGAGUUUUGCCCCCAAGGGGACAUUUGGUAAUGUCAAGAGGCAUUUUUGAUUGUCAUUACUACGGGCAUUACUGACAUAUAGUGGGGUUAAGUAGAAGCCAGGGAUGCUAAUAAGCAUCUUACAAUGCAUUGGACAACUCCUCCUGCCCCAAACAAAGAAUUAUCCUGCUCAAAUGUCAAUAAUCCCAAGUUUGGGUUAAACUAAUCUGUGGCAAAAGGUUAAAUUCCCUUAUAUUUUUAAAAGUAAUGAAAUAACCCUAAAAAGAAUGCAGAGUAAGAUAUAUUUAAUAUAUAUUAUGUUGUAUAUGUUAUAUAAUGAUUAUCUUAUAUAUAAUAAUAUAUAUUACAUAUAAUAUAUAAAUAAUUCUUAUAUAUAUACAGUUGCUCCUUAGACCAACCUAGAUUUGAACUGCACCGUUCUACUUACAUGUAGAUUUCUUUCACUGAAUACUUUCUACAGUACUAUAGUGUCCGUGGUUGGUUGACUCUGCAGAUGUGGAACCAUGGAUAUGGAGGGCUAACUGUAAAAAGCUGUUUGGGGGUUGGCUCCCCUAAACCCCACAUUAUUCAAGGGUCAACUGUAUAUUUCAUUGUAUCAUAGAUCAUUUGUUCCACCCAGCACCCUUCCUAGAUGUUUUUCUUAUGGCAUGUAAUCUGUAUUAAUUCAACUCGUUCUCAGUUUUUUAUUUGUUACAUGGGAUAUAUGAACGUUAACUCCAAAUAUAGCUUGUAUUAGUAAAACGUCACCAGCCUAACCAUUAACUGCAAGCACAUAAAAACUUGAAAUCAAUUAGUCAUUGUACCAUAGGCAGAAAUUUUGACAGUUAUUAAUAUGUGUUUUUAAUAAUUUUAAAUAAAGUAUCUGGAUUUCAGGCUACCUUUAAAA